AUGUUUCUUCUCGGAAAAAAGUACUUCUCUGAACUAAUUCUUCUCCUUGGAACAAGUUUUUCUUCUUGGAACAAAUUCUUUUACACGAUACAAUUUCUUUUCAGAACAACUUCUUCUCGGAUAAAUCCUUCUUCUCGGAACAAUUUCUUCUUCUCGGAACAAGUUCUUCUCAGAACGAAUUAUACUUCUCAGAACAUGGUAUUCUUCGCGGAACAAGUUCUUCUGGGAACAACUUCCUCAGGAGUAAAUUUUUCUUCUCAGAACAAGUUCUUCUCAGAGCGAAUUCAUCUUCUUGGAACAAGUUCUUCUCGAAUCAAUUUCUUCUUAUCAGAGCAAAUUCUUCUUCACAGAACAAAUUUUUCUUUUCAGAACAAUUUCUACUUCUCAGAACUAGUACUUCUUCUCGGAGCAAGUUCUUCUCGGAACAAAUUCUUCUUUUCAAAACAAUUUCUUCUCCUUGGUGCAAAUUAUUGUUCUCAGAACAAGUUCUUCUCGGAUGAGGUUUUAUCUACUGAGGAAAUCCUCGCGGACAACAGUUGA